AUGUCCGGCGCAAGCGGUCUGCUGUGGCAGAAUAGGAUGAAAGCCGCGAAACAGCCAUUUACGCCUCUGUCUCACCAUUUGUCUUUCCAGGCUUCUUCCAACAUGUCCACCUCCAACAUGGAAGAAGAGGGCUGCAUAGCCACAACAUUCGAAAGAAAGUACUAUCAGCGUGGCCCGGUGUUUAUAAAGAGAAGCCUGCGGCCGAGGGAAUACCGAACCGGAUAUCGAGGGCUUCACAUACCGCCACUUGGCAAGGAACGCCUUAUGAACGAAGCUGAGUCGCUGCAAUUCAUCCGCCAGCGUACCGAUAUUCCUGUCCCGACUGUGUACUGCCACUUUCUAGAUGAUGAUGCAUAUUAUCUUAUAAGCGAGUUUGUGGAGGGCAUUAGCAUGGCCGAUCUCUCAGACGAACAGAAGCCCAUGGUGUGCGAAGAGCUUGCGCGUCAUACAGCCAAACUCAGUACUUUGCGAUCAUCGCGGCUCGGAGGUCCCUCUGGGAUUGUGAUUCCCCCCUAUCGGGUUCUUAAGCUUGCCGAGUCGGACAGAUGGAAUCUGCAGCCUUCUGCGAGCGACGAGUAUGUUUUUUGUCACAACGAUUUGUCGCAGCAGAAUGUAAUUGUCGACCCCGAGUCUCUCAAGAUAAAAGCAAUCAUCGAUUGGGAGUAUGCUGGAUUCUUUCCGUCCUAUUUUGAGUAUCCCUUCUACACCAGACUGGGACCAUCAUCUGCCAUUAAUGGGGAGGCCGACGACUCUCUCGCUCUGUUGCAAUUCCUCCGCUCUGAAGCCACCAGCGGGACAACCCGUGCAGGGUAG